AUGCAAGUUAUUAAAUUUAUUAUCGCUACUUUCUUUGUUUUCUUCACUCAAGCUGCUUCAAUUGCUACUAAAUCUUCAAAUCAAUUAGAAAUUAGAGAUGCUACUCCAGUUUCACAAUCAAUUAUUGAUGAAUUACAAUCAGAAAUUCCAAUCAUUGUUGCUACUGUUUUAAAUGUUUUAAAUCAAACUGAAACCGAUAUUACAACUUUAGUUGACAACUUAUUAGCUGGUUUAGGUUUAGGUUCAAACUUAGAUGCUUCACAAAUUAUUGCAGCUACUAAACAAGAUAUUCAAUCUCAAGCAACUUCAUCAUCACCAAUUUCAUCAGAUUUAUUACCAUAUGUUAUUCAAUUAGUUGAAGGUAUUGUUAAAUCAUUAGACAUUACGGUUGGUGAUUUAUUAGGUUCAUUACCUACUUUAGUUGGAUCAUUAGUUAAAGCUUUAGGUUUAACUUUAAAUAAUGUUGUUGAUUUGGUUGUCGGUUUAUUAAAAAGCUUAGGUGUCACUUUGACUGAUUUAUUAGGUUCAUUGCCAGGUAUUGUUGCUGGUUUAGUUAACACCUUAGGUUUAACUUUAAAUCAAGUGAUAACCUUAGUUGUUGGUUUAGUUAAAGGUUUAGGUAUCCCAUUAGGUGAUGUCUUAGGCUUAGUUGGAUCAAUUGUUAACUUAUUAGGAUCAACUUUAGGUGAUGUUACUGCUUUAUUAAAUGGUAUCUUGGGUGCUUUAUAA